AUGAAGCUAGUCAGGUUUUUGAUGAAAUUGAACAGCGAGACAGUGUCUAUUGAGCUCAAGAAUGGCACAGUAGUUCAUGGAACCAUUACAGGUGUUGAUAUCAGCAUGAACACACAUCUGAAGACUGUAAAGCUUACUCUGAAGGGAAAGAACCCUGUUACGAUGGAUCACCUGAGUGUAAGGGGUAACAAUAUCCGUUACUACAUUCUUCCUGACAGUUUGAAUCUCGAGACGUUGCUGGUGGAAGAGACUCCUAGGGUCAAGCCCAAGAAACCAACUGCUGGGAAACCUUUGGGGCGUGGUCGAGGCCGUGGACGUGGGCGUGGACGUGGGCGAGGCCGUUAG